CCUGCGGUAUACUCUGUACUUGCUUCUAACCUCCGUUGCCAUCAUCUCCGACACAGCGUUGCGGGCGGACAAGGACCUGCACCGUUUUUGUGGUUAUUUUGUAGUGUGCACUACAGCGGCACCACCGUCUAGACCUCCGCGCCGAGCUUGCCAAGUCACACGCCUUCGUUUGAGGCAGCAAGCGCAGGAAACCCCACCAUGGGCCGGAAUCGAGUCCUGUCAUUUAUAGCCCAGCUCUCGGCGCCUCACAGGGAUUCGGCGACCCCUACACAUCCCGCGAAUACAUCAUCGCCCAAAAGCGACUCCUUGCACACCAAACCCUCCCUGCCAAAACAGCACGCUCGCACCGACUCGGCCGACUCUCCCGCAUCCGCCGACGCAAAGCGGGAUCUCGCAAGUGACGGGCCAUCUGCCUCAUCGGCCGCGACGACACCGCCAUCCGAAGGCGAGCAUGCCGCCACGCCCACCUCGGUAGAUAAUUCGCCGUCAUCGAGUCCAGCAAGAAGGUCGAGGAGGAGUUCCCGACCGUUGUCUAUGGUGCAGACCUACCACCCGCCCGUCAUGGCUGUGAACGAGCAGACCCUCCCGGAACUGCAGCCGAUCUUCACGCUGCUCAACAGCCACGCCAACAAGCUGUACCAGGAAGGCUACUUCUUGAAACUGGAUGACCAGGACAUCCGAGGAAAACCCAACCCCGACCGGACAUGGACUGAAUGCUUUGCGCAACUGGUGGGCACUGUGCUGUCGCUUUGGGAUGCCGCUGAACUAGACGCUGCGGGGGAGGACGGAGAAGUCCUCCCCAAAUUCAUCAACCUCACUGAUGCGUCGAUCAAGAUGAUCGAGUCCCUCCCGACGAAGACCAACGAUGAACAGCCGCUCCAAAACAUCUUGAGCAUCAGCACCGCCGGCCGCAACCGAUAUCUGCUCCACUUCAACUCUCACCACUCCCUGAUCCAGUGGACCUCGGCAAUACGGCUGGCCAUGUACGAGCAUUCCACGCUCCAGGAAGCUUACACGGGCGCCCUCAUCGCCGGCAAGGGGAAAGCGCUGAACAACAUCAACAUCAUCAUGGAGCGGGCGAGGCAGCCGAUUGGGGAAUGGGUGCGGGUUAGGUUCGGCGCAGGUGUUCCCUGGAAGCGGUGCUAUUGUGUCAUCGAACCGCCGAGCGAGAAGGAGUUACAGAAAGCGCAGAAGGAGGCAAAGAAGCGGUCGCCUUAUGACCGGUCUCACCCCCCCGUCGUCAAGGGCGAGAUCAAGUUCUUCGAUACGAAGAAGGACGCAGAGAAAAAGAAGAAGCAUCAGCGCCCGAUCGCAUCCAUCACCGACGCCUACUCGGCCUACGCCAUCUACCCGCAAGCGAAGGAGCUGAUUGAUUCCUCCACGCUGCUAAAGGUGGAGGGCAACAUCACAAUCCACACCGAGCCAGCGUCCCCCACCGAAGGGUUCGUCUUCAUCAUGCCCGAGGUCCCUCCUGCCGUGUCCGGCUUUGAAAUGCUGCUCCGGUUCUUGUUCCCGACGUGGGACACCUUUGCCUUGUAUGGUCGACCGGGCCGCUUGGUGGCUAGCAGCCUGGACAGUCGUUCCUUGAUGUUCGCGAUGCCAAAGAACAAGAGAUACGGCUAUCUCGACCUGCUGGAUGUGAGCGGGCUGAUCCUCACCGACGGGAGCUCCUCUUGGUCGGAGCGAGAAUGGCGAAAACGACUCAAAGAGCUGACAGGUCAACGAAUGAAUGCCAUGGAAGAGGCGUCCGGAAGCCAAAGUCGGAGCACAAGCCGAAACAGCAAGCGGCUCAGUUACGGGAACCAAAACUCGGGAUCUCGACCGAAGGUGGGCUUUGCGGACGACAGUGGCUCUGUGAGGUCAUCACGAUCAAUGUCGCUGUCGCGGCCUGGCGUGCGCAACGACUCGGCUCCUCCCGACCCGAACCGGGAACGGGCGCCGUCAGCAAUGGCGGGCAAUUCUAGGCACUCCCGCCACAUAUCAGACACGCAAAUAGGCGACUAUCCGCCGAGCUCGGCUCUCGACAACCCACCGCCCGGGCAGCCCACACUACGCACCGGCCCCGAUCGCGUCCGGGCUUUUGCCAGCGACUUGGCCUCCACCCCCGAGAGAGUCAGCUCCGAGGAUGACAGCCCGACUAGAGGUCCUAUAAUAGCUGGUAACCUUGAGGGCAUAAAGCGCUUGGAGACGCCCGAACCGGUUAAUGCCCCUCCGGCUUUUGCUCACGGCGCAGGUUCCCGUCCGCAGCAGAGACCCUCGCCUUCGCCGGAGAUGCGUAGAGCAACCAAUCGUUUGUCUAGCACGACGCUCUCCCAGCUCGCGAGAGCCUCCGGUCUUGUCCCCGAUACCAUCUCGGACGAACUCAACGAACUUCACCUCGGAAGCGAAAGCUCUGGCCAGGAGCCGAGACAUGCCGACCAGCGAGGUCUAGCGGUACAGCCACAAACCAGCGCCAACAUGGUGGAGAUGAAUGCUAAUACCAGUCGCCCUCGUGAAGUGGUAACGCCACCCACGUCAGCUUCCGACGCUCCAGCCCCCGAGGCUCCGCUCGAAGACCCAUCCUCGCGGCCAUCGAACUUUCCUCUUGGAGGCCCCUCGGCGCAUUCGGCUGGCAACCACCCACCCGCAUCUCUCCACCAUGGCCCUCAGGGUGGCCCUCAUCCCCGCGGUCGCAACACCCCCCCUCCCGGACCCAAACAACCACAGCAAUCCUCACCGGUAGCAGGCGGCUCGCCACCUAUCCACAGGAAGCCCCUACCCGUGAGGACGACAAGUCUGCCCCGUGACCACCAUGACGUAGUCUCCCCGAUCUCCACACAUUCAUCUCCCAAAGGUUAUCCUUCUCCCGCUUCGGGAACCCGCUUUCGACCAAUGGACGAAUUCACCUCGCCAAUCCCGAAUACCCAUCGUGGCCAGAAUGGCGAAAGAAUUGCGGGGGACGGGCGCGACGACGCAUCCUCGACAACCAGCCCGGACUAUGCCAGCACUCGUCCCUCGACCGACACCCAGGAAUCCGCAGAACGGCCACGUGCCGGCGUGCUGAAAGUCGUGGGCAGUAGUGGUGAUACUUCCGCGGACAAAGAGUACGACAUUCCCGAGAUCAAUUUCGGUCCAACCCUCAACUACGCCGCGCCCGUCCUCCCAACCGACAAGGCGCCCUCCAAGAAAACUCCGCCCUCGUCCGGUCGGAAAUCACCCGGAUUCCCCAAGGUGUUUUCUCACACUCGCCAACAGUCGGAUGACACGAUUCGUCGGAGUGUCGUCUGGCCAGGCCCCUCUGCCGCAUCAUCCUCGACAGACAACCUUGCGUCACUCCUCCAACCGCGCACGCCACCCGCGCAAUAUGCCCACCAUCGUGCUCCCUCGACAGGCACUUUGACCGACUACAAGGCCUCCCAUUCAAGACACAGUUCGGCAGACCUACUCACCUCUGGACGGCUCAGCGGUCAGUCACAUUCGCGGCAUAGCUCGCUCGAUCUUUUGUCCUCGGGGCGACCUGCUAGCCGGGGCGCGGAAAACACUCUAUCGGGGGGGGAAGCGCCCAAGCCGCCCUCUAGCCGUGGGCCCCUUCACUCCCGAAACAGCUCAGCCGAUCUUCUGGCUCUCAAACGCCCUCCCAGCCGGGGAGCGGCAGCCGUUUUAUCGGCCGGCCAGGUGUCCUCGCAUCUGUCGGCCCGCGAGCAGGAGCAUGUCGCGCGAGUCACAGGCAGCCCGCUGAUUGCUUUCGCGGGCAGCAAGGGCCCCUCACAAACGCAAAGCGGCCUUGUUGGCGCGAUCGAUGCUAGAGAGCGCGAAAAAGCUCAGAUAAAACAGGGAAUUAGCGGGCAGGCAGUCGCGCAGGCCAUCGAUCAGAGGCAGCGGGAGCAAAAUCAGCAGGCUCAAAGAGCAGCGCAGGUCGCAUAUGCUCAGCAACAGGCCCAGUUUGCUGCCCAGCAAAUGCCAAUCCGCCCGCAGACUCCUGGGGGCAGAGGCAUGAUGAUGGGCGGGGGAAUGCCGGCUCCAUACGGCCCUCAAAGCCCUGCACGCCCGCAAACGCCGGGCGCCAGGGGCAUGAUGAUGGACGGUGGCGCGCCUAUGCCGUUUUCGCCUCCUAUGGGUGGCAUGAACUCCCGGAGCAUGAGUCCGGCUCCUGGCAUGAUGAGCCCCCCCGGGCGUUUCGGGCCGGCGCCGCCGCAGCCACCCUCGCACAUGAUGCCACACGCCCCAUACGGCGGUGGCGCUCCAACCGGGCCCGGUUGGAACAUGGGCAACGCGCCGCACCGACAGGGACCUCACGGGCACCAUGGGCCCAUGAUGCCCUCGCCGGGCAUGGGCUUUGCUAUGCAGCAGGGUGGGCGCCCGCAGUCACCCGGAUUCCAGCUGCCUCCUCAAGGUCAAUACGCGCGGCCGGGGACUCCUGGCGGUCCAAGACCGGGAACACCGGGUCGCAUGCAGUACCAUGGCCAAGCCUUCUGAGAGAGUGAGAGAGAAAGAGGGAAGAGAAGAAGACAAGGAAACCUAGGCCAAGAAAUUGAGAGGGUGUUUCAUGACUGUUUUCGAAGUUGUGUGUGACG